ACGCUGUGUUUUUUGACAGAUAGACCGAACAUUUUCAUUCGUUCCUCCUUAUGUCACUCUUUUGCAUCGGGAAUUGAUGUGAUUUUAUUUUGGAUUAGAGUCGGGAUCGAAGAGUUGCAUCAAAAGCGGUUGUUAUAAUUUCAUUGAAACGAUGGCGGAGAAAAAAUCAAACACAAACUUUUCCGAAGACAUUUUUGGGCGAAAAAUCGACAGAUGUUUGACGGACACUAUUGUUAAAGGCGCCGGUGGACUCUUUAUUGGCACUGUAUUUUCAUUGCUGUUCUUCAAGCGAAGGGCUUUUCCAAUCGUAUUGGGUACUGGUUUCGGAAUAGGAGUGGCCUAUCGUAACUGCGAACAAGAAUUAAAUGCAUCCAACUCACAUAAUUGAAGAAAAAAAAAAAAAAACAUCAGCCACCAAUAGCAAUAUGUUUUUAGUGAUUUAAAUGAGUUUAAAUUCAGCCUUUAUUUCUGUUGUAAAUUUGUAUUUUUUUUUCUUCUUUUCUUUUUUAAGUAAAUCAAUUCCUGAAUGGGUACUUAUACUCGUAAAACGACAAGGCAUUUUUUUGUGUGUAUGGUGAGGAAUUAAGAUGCAAUACUUUAACAGUAUCCCAUUGAAUGAACAUGUACAUGGCAUGUAGAGUAAUGCAUUGAAAAUAUAUGAUCGAAAUUGAUAAAUUA